AUGGAUAAACCCAAGUUCAAGAGAAACUACCUCGCAUGUUUGAACUGCCGCACCCGCAAAGUCAAGUGCGAUUUGGGGUCUCUGGAGGCUCCUCAUGAUCCACCUUGUGCCAGAUGCAAGCGUGAGCGCAAAGAGUGCGUUUUUGCAGAGAGCCGUCGCCGUGGAUCAGGGAGAACUCGCCAGGACUCCCCUUUGGACUCGCGGUCGCCCAGCCAUGCUGCUGUCUCGCGCAGCUCGUCGCGGCUGGCUGCCGUCGGCGCGGGAGAACCCGGUUCUGGCAAAAAUCAUGUUGAUGAGAGCGCAAAUACAAGCAACUCCACAAUGGUGUUUCUGGCCCAUAUUGCGGGCAACUUCGCCAAGGCAGACGAUCGGGACAAGAUCGACGCGUACGAGCGGCUCCAGGACCUGGAGAACAAAGUGGCCAGUCGCCCGUCGUCAGAGUCGCCGUCCAGCGAAAAAUACUCUUUCUCAGAGUCUGCGGACUCUGCCAAGCUCCCAUCUAGUGCAUCUACAGACUCGCUGGCAGCAGGCGGCGCAGAUCCGUCGACGCGCAAAGAGGCCUUUGGCCAUGACACCAGCCUGCACCCGCUGCUGAAACAGAGCAGACUGCACAUGCCUCCGGUGCGGUCGACGCUGAAAAUCCGGCCCAGGCCAACGUCCAGGCUCGAGGACAUCGAGUAUAUUGGCCCAGAUAAGGUUCUGACGAGCGAGGAGGCCACACGACUCAUCCGGCUAUUUUUCAUCACGAUGCAUCCUUUUUUCCCGUACAUUCCUGCUGAGUUGCAGGACCCACAGGUGCUACCUGGCUACCCAAUGCUUUUGUGCUCUAUACUGACCAUUUCGUCGCGUUACCAUCCGCUAGAAGCCCAGACCCGACACAUCGAGAUCCACGAACAGCUGUGGGUCUACUGCCAGCGACUCAUCAGCAUGACAGUUUGGGGAGAGUCGAGCAGCCGAAGCAUCGGCACGCUGCUGUCGUUUCUGCUAUUUACCGAGUGGAAUCCGCGAGCCAUCCAUUUCCGCUGGAGCGACUAUGCCAACAUGCCGGACGAUGAGGGCCAAGAAGAGUACACAGGACUGAGUGCCAUGAAACGGUCCGAGAUCAUGUCGUUUAUGCUGAUUGGCACAGCCACCAGACUCAGUUUUCUGCUGGACGAGCACCCAUUGACGUUUCUGGCGACUCACAUUUCUGAAACACAUUCAGCAAUCAAUCUCAACAAACGGUCGAUGCUCUCACAGACGCUGGGAGAGGUCGACAUCAACGAUCCGAGCUUCGAUUUUACGCCAUACCAAAAAGCCACCAUCGAACUGCUGCAGUUCACCUCGCUUUGCUACGAAUCGCUAUACGUGAACAACCCAAAACUGGGAGUUCUUGAUAAACACCAGAACCUCGCUGUGCUGGACAUUCUGUCUCCGCUGCUGGAAAACUGGUUCAAAAAAUACCACAAGCUGCUUAAACCGUCGUCGGCACAUAAUUUGCACCAGAAUUACGAGGAUUGCAUUGCCGACGCAAAAGUAUACAAAGAAGUACACCAUCAGGUUGAAAAAGAGGCGCUCAUUUUAGAUUACUACUACGCAAAGUUGUAUGUCUACUCGUUGGCUCUGAACGACGACACAUCCAUGAAUAUCACUAACACCUCGAAGAAAGGCCGCAGUCUGCGAUUGGACGAGCUCGCCAAAUAUUCCAGAUACGUCGAGCUCGCAUAUAAGGCUGCCAAAGAGGUGCUUGCAGUCAUGCAGCGUGUGAACAAGCUGAGACUGCUCAAAUACAUGCCAGUCAGAUGGGUGAUCCGUGUGAUCAAGGCCGUAGCCUUUAUUGUCAAGUGCUAUCUAACUCUAACGACAGAUGGGAAGGCGGAUCUCUCGCAACCAGACAAGUCCACGAGUGAGAUUAUACGGUUGAGUGUCAUACCUGUUGAGGAAAUCAUUCUGUUGCUGCAGAAAACAGCCAUUUGCUUGAGAGACGCUGCUCCAGACGAGCUUCAUCUUUGCACAAGAUACUCCACCAUUCUAAUGUACCUGUGCUCGCAGUUCAAAACCAAAGCAGUCAAGACAAGAACCGUUGUGGAUUAUGAAGACGAAAUCAACAGCCAAGCCCAGAACGAGGAUCAGCCUCAGAACUCGUACGUGGAGAACCCAGAGUACCCGCACCUGAAUAACCUUGACCAGCAAAGUUUUGACGACUAUUUCACGAAUCCUUCGGAAACUUUGUUCAACUGGUUCUCCGACAACAACAACCCUGGACUGGAUUUUGUGGACCAGUUCACCAAGGAAAUAGAAAACGAGUUCCUUAAAACGGGGCUCGGUAAAUAG